AUGGAGGUGCGGGAAACCGAGUCCUGGAAUCCGUGUCCUUCCUUUGUAGAGACCGCGAAGCCCCAGCCCCCCGUGGUGGGCAAGGUGACUCAUCACAGCAUCGAGCUGCACUGGGACCCGGGAAAAGAGGUGACGCGGCGAGGACCCCAGGAGCAGUGGGCCCAGUUCUCCAUCGAAGAGGAAGACCCCAGAACACACACCUACGGGACCGUUUACACGGGAUACGCCACCAAGCACGUCGUGGAAGGACUGGAGCCGCGGACCCUGCACCGAUUCCGUCUGAAGGUCACCAGCCCGUCGGGGGAGUCUGGGUGCAGCCCGGCGGUGUCAGUGUCUACCACCCGAGAGCCCCUGAGCAGUGAGCACUUCCACCGGGCGGUGAGUGUGAACGACGAGGACCUGCUGCUGCAGAUGCUUCAAGGAAGCGACGUGAAGGUGGAUGUCCCCAACAAGCUCGGCUUCACGGCCCUGAUGGUGGCUGCCCAGAAGGGAUACACCAGGCUGGUGAAAAUCCUCGUCUCUAACGGCACAGAUGUGAACCUGAGGAACGGCAGUGGCAAGGACAGUCUGAUGCUGGCCUGUUACGCCGGCCACCUGGACGUCGUGAAGUACCUUCGAAGGCACGGCGCUUCUUGGAAGACCAGAGACCUGGGGGGCUGCACGGCCCUGCACUGGGCAGCGGACGGGGGCCACUGCGGCGUGGUGGAGUGGAUGCUUCAGGACGGCUGUGAGGUAGACGUCAUGGACGCUGGCUCAGGCUGGACCCCACUCAUGAGAGUGUCCGCGGUCUCGGGGAACCAGAGGGUGGCCUCUCUGCUCAUCGAAGGCGGAGCCAACGUGAACGUGAAAGACAAAGAUGGAAAGACGCCCCUCAUGGUGGCCGUGUUAAAUAACCACGAAGAGCUGGUCCAGCUGCUCCUGGACAGAGGGGCGGAUGCAAGUGUGAAGAACGAGUUCGGCAAAGGCGUCCUGGACAUGGCCCGGGUGUUCGACAGGCAGAGCGUGGUCUCCUUACUGGAAGAGAGGAGAAAGAAGCAGAUGCCGAAGAACCCCGCCGUCCCUUCGGUCCGCUGA